AUGAUACUGGCAUCAGGCAAGGAUUGGGAAGAAGUCACGCUCGCUACGAACGCCGUCAUCCAUAGGAUCUCGAAUCUGGGGUUAGAAGUUGCUCCAACCAAAACGGAAGUGGUUGGCUUCCAUGACAAAGGUAAACCAGCUAACACCGUAUUAAGGGUGGCGGGAAUGGAUAUCAGAGUAGGCUCGAGCAUGAAAUACCUUGGGCUGAUGCUUGACAGCAGGUGGACAUUCGAAGCCCACUUUAUCGAAUUGGUGCCUAGAUUGGAGAGGUCUGCACUAAACCUAAGCAGGCUACUCCCCAACUUGGGAGGACCUAAUAAUAAGAGGAGGAUGACCGGAAGACUGAUCAGGGCAUACAAAACGACUUCUCUUGUGGUCAAUACGGCCCUGGCAGGGAUGCCUCCGUUUGAACUAGAGGCGAAACGGCAGGAAGAGGUUUAUGAAAGGAUCUCGGAGAUAAGAAAAAUCACUCCAACCAACACUCCGAUACCGAAAUAUAUCAUAGACUCCAUUAAGGAAGAAUCGAAGAAAAAGAUGAUUAGGAAUUGGAGAUUGUGGAUAAGGAACACCGAACAAGGGGAAGAUGCAAUUGCAGGGGCCAUCGAGGAAUAA